AAAAAAAAAAAAAAAACUGGAACCCAAAAAUACGCACAUUUCAAUUUUCAGUCUUAACAAAUUUUCGUCUUUGUUUCUUUUCACAUUUUCUCGAUGACCAAACAGAGAGGAAAGAAAAGAAAGUGAAGGAAAAUUGAGAAAACGGGAAAGAAGAAGGAGGAGGAAAAAACAAUGGGGAUUCCACAAGCAAUGGAGGCUCUGAGCGAGAGAGCUGCGGCCAUAAGAGAGUCGUUGCAGAAGAGUCAAACCAGCACCGAAAACAUGGUCGCCAUUCUCGGCUCCUUCGACCACCGCCUCUCUGCUCUCGAAACCGCCAUGCGUCCCACUCAGAUACGAACGCAUUCGAUUCGAAGAGCACAUGAGAAUAUUGAUAAGACAUUGAAGGCUGCAGAGGUUAUAUUGGCGAAAUUCGACCUCACGCGCAAGGCAGAGGCCAAAAUUCUAAGAGGGCCUCAUGAGGACCUUGAAAGCUACUUAGAAGCAAUUGAUCAGCUAAGAAGCAUUGUUAGUUUUUUCAGCAGCAACAAAAGUUUUAAGAGUAGUGGUGGCAUCCUUAACCACACCAAUAAUUUGCUUACAAAAGCUAUCUCAAAACUCGAAGAUGAGUUCAGGCAGCUUUUAACAAAUUACAGCAAGCCUGUGGAACCUGAUCGUCUUUUUGAUUGUCUUCCCAACUCUCUACGGCCAUCAUCAGCAGCAUCUAGCCAGCAAAGCGAUGUUAGUAGCAAGGGUCAUUCUGAGCACCAAAACAAAAGCUUGGAAAAUGCUGUUUAUACGCUUCCAACUCUCAUACCUCCCAGGGUUUUGCCACUGCUGCAUGAUUUAGCCCAGCAAAUGGUUAAAGCUGGCCAUCAACAACAGCUAUUUAGAAUUUACAGGGAUACUCGUGCUUCAGUUUUGGAGCAGUCUCUCAGAAAACUAGGUGUGGAAAGACUUACAAAAGAUGAUGUACAGAAAAUGCAGUGGGAGGUUUUGGAGGCUAAGAUUGGGAAUUGGAUACAUUACAUGCGGAUUGCUGUCAAGCUGCUCUUCGCUGGGGAAAAGAAUGUUUGUGAUCAAAUAUUUGAUGGUGUUGAUUCUCUCAGGGAUCAGUGUUUUGCUGAUGUCACUUCAAACAGUGUGUCUGUGUUGCUCAGUUUUGGGGAGGCUAUUGCUAAAAGCAAGAGAUCCCCAGAAAAAUUAUUUGUUCUCUUAGACAUGUAUGAGAUAAUGAGAGAACUUCAGUCAGAGAUGGAAACACUUUUUGGAAGUAAGUAUUGCAAUGAAAUGCGGGAAUCUUCAGUGAGUUUGACAAAGCGGUUAGCUCAGACAGCCCAGGAGACCUUUGGUGAUUUUGAAGAAGCAGUUGAAAAAGAUGCUACAAAAACUUCUGUUUUUGAUGGAACUGUCCACCCUUUGACUAGCUAUGUGAUAAAUUACGUAAAGUUUCUUUUCGACUACCAAUCAACGUUGAAGCAACUUUUUCAGGAGUUCGACAGUCGUAAUCCUGAAGCUCAGUUAGCAUCUGUAACUACGAGGAUUAUGCAGGCUCUCCAGAAUAAUCUGGAUGGGAAAUCCAAGCAGUAUAAAGAUUCUGCAUUGACACAAUUGUUUCUUAUGAACAACAUUCACUACAUUGUGAGAUCGGUUCGGAGAUCAGAGGCAAAGGAUUUGUUGGGGGAUGACUGGGUGCAGAUACACCGAAGGAUUGUUCAGCAGCACGCAAAUCAGUAUAAGAGGGUUUCUUGGGCAAAGAUUCUUCAGUGUCUCACCGUUCAGGCCUCUAAUUCAUCUGGUGGUGGUGGUCCAAUUGGAGGUGAUGGUAGUGGAAGUCAACUUUCUAGAGCAGGGGUGAAAGAUAGGUUCAAGACCUUCAAUGUCCAAUUUGAAGAAAUUCAUCAAAGGCAAUCUCAGUGGACAGUUCCUGACAGUGAAUUGCGCGAGUCUCUGAGGUUGGCUGUUGCUGAAGUCCUCUUGCCAGCUUACAGAUCUUUCCUUAGACGUCAUGGGCCUCAGAUCGAGUCUGGGAAGAACCCUCAGAAGUACAUCAGAUACACUCCUGAGGAUCUUGAACACAUGCUGGGUGAAUUUUUUGAGGGCAAGACCUGGAAUGAACAAAAGCGAUAAAUAAUCGAUAGGACAUAUUUUCUUAUCGAUUUAGUAGAAUUUAGAUAGAGUAGCCAGUGGUAUUCUUUUUAUGAGAUUAAAUAAUAUCUAAAUUCAUGUCCCUCUUAAGGCUUUUUUUUUUUGGUUCUGCGCCUUCUAGAGUUCUGCCAUUGGUUCCCCAAUUUGUUACAUUGAAGGGGAGCGUGCAUGUGUUUGUUACUGUGUAUGCCCAUGAAUGAAUUACUAGAGCUGUAGUCUGUAGAGUACAAUUGUAGUACUACUUAACAGUAUGGAUUUGAUAUAAUGGAAACAUAAGAGUUUAGACCCAUCCAAAUUUCACCUUCCUGAGAGAUUUUGUUUAGA